ACUUGUUUCAUUAUCCGAGAGUACCUGCUUUUGCUUUCCACCGCGCCAAGCAAAACUAUGCCCGCAGCAGGCAAUCGUCUCAAGUUAUUUUCUAAUUAAAAUAGCUGUGGGCGUCAGCUUCUUACAAGCACGAAAAUUGACGGAGUUUUAAGUGCGCCACUCUUUUCUGUUAGUAGAAAAUGCGGGCUGUUAUCCUGCUGGUGCUCGGUGCGGGUUUUCUCCUGUUCGGUCCCGUUUCCUGCAAGGUUGAACCAGGGGUUUAUGUUGAUAAUGGCAUGGGACAGACUUCGUUGGAUCGCCACAUGACCAACGCGGAAAAACGGGAGCUGGAAAUGGAGUUUUUGAAUUUGCUCGGCCUUCCGAACCGCCCAAGAAAACUAAACAAAGCCACCGUGACAAAAUCAGCGCCCAAAUUCCUGCUGGAUAUCUACCGGACGCUUUUAGACGAAGACGAGGAGGACCACAGGAGACUGAAACGAGAGUCCGAUCUGAACCUGAGCGGAGAGGAGCAGCAGAAAAUCGAUCAGAGCGAUGUGAUUAUGACCUUUGAAAGCAUCAACCAUCAUGUGGACAGUGUGCGGCAUGAGAGAGGCAAGCGGCUCUGGUUCGACGUUUCUGAGCUACCAGUGGCUGAAGACAUUGUGGGCGCAGAACUGCGGAUAUAUCAGAACCAGUCGCUUUCCAAGCACAGCAAUAAAAACUACACGGUUACGGCCUAUCAGUUGAUCGAUGAUGAGGAAGGAGAAAACGAGCUGGAAUACAUAUCAGAGGUGGAAACAGCAGCGGACUUUUCAGGCUGGAUAGGAAUCAACGUGACCAAGUGUUUGGCCAGUUGGGUGGCGUUUCCUGGAUCAAACAGAGGGAUUUACAUGUCGGUUCACCCAUCCAAUAAAACACAUGAAAUUCGGCCUGAAGACAUCGGGCUGAUCACGGUGCGGGGCGACGAGGCCACUCAUCCGUUUAUGGUGGCGUUUUUGAAAGCUUCCACUUCUUUCAAGCCCAGAACCAGAAGGGAUGUGCGUUCGAGGGUGAGAAAGUCUGAAGCUGCCGGCAUUUUCGGCUUGCAUAAAACGUAUGAGCCAGAGUCGCGAAGCUCCUGCCAAAUCAAAACGCUCUACAUCAACUUCAAGGACCUGAAGUGGCAGGACUGGAUUAUCGCGCCCGAAGGAUACGCCGCAUACUUUUGUCACGGCGAGUGCAAUUUUCCAGUUAAUGCCCACAUGAACGCCUCGAAUCAUGCCAUCGUGCAAACGUUGGUCCAUUUGAUGAAUCCGACCAAAUUCCCCAAAUCUUGCUGCGCCCCAACCAGAUUGUCCCCCAUUUCCGUUUUGUACUUUCUGGACGACUACAACGUCGUGCUGAAGAAGUACAAGCAAAUGGUGGUGAAAACCUGCGGAUGCCGAUAACUACGUUUCAAAAUUUACUUAAUUGGGCGCAGGGCGCUUUUUUGUUAUUUUCGACUGAUUUGGACAAUAAGUGCCAUUGGCUGAUGGAAAUUCGAUCGAGUUUAAUCUGCGAUCAAGAGCUUGAAGCUGCAUUUUCUACGUUUCUGGGCUUGUAGUUGCUUAGAUUUCACUCAUAUAAGUCUGUAUUUGUUGCCAUGAAAGUGUAUGUUUUGUAAAUAUAUGUGCAAAUUUCUAAACGUG